CACCGCUUGACCCUGACGCGUCGGAUUUUCGAAGCAUCUGCGCAGUGUGCGUGAAUCCCAUAUUUUGCAAUAAUACCUCUUCCUCUUUCCAAACGGCCAACAUGCUCCGAACCCAAAACGCUACAUAAGGAGGCCGUGUUCUCCCCCAUUUCUCGUCGCAUUAACCAUGCUCAUCGUGAUAUUCUUACUCUACUGUGCUCUUUUGGCUGCUUCGGCCCCCGAAGUCCAACUGGGCAAAACCAAACUCGUUGGAAGAGAUCUUACGGGGCUACAGGUGGACUUCUUUGGAGCUAUUCCAUUCGCCGAACCUCCAGUUGGAUCCUUGCGUUUGGAGCGUCCUGUAUUGAAAACGGACAUCGAUGCCGAUGAAUUUGACGCCCAGAAUUUUGGACUAGCCUGUUUACAGGAGGACCUUGAAACCGAUGAGAUGUCGGAGGAUUGUUUGACCAUCAACAUAUUUAGGCCGACGGGAGUGUCUUCUGAGGACUUAUUGCCCGUGAUGUUCUGGACCUAUGGUGGCGGUUUCUUUUCAGGCGCUUCGUCGUCGUACAAUGGAAGCAAUAUCGUUGCCCAGAGUGUUACCAGAGGUACUCCCAUCAUCUAUGUGAACUACAAUUAUCGGCUAGGGCCAUUAGGUUUCCCUCAAGGACAGGAGGCCGCUGACAGAGGAGUGAUCAAUCUCGGAACUAGAGAUCAGCUAACUGCCCUGGAAUGGGUUCAAGAGAAUAUUGGCUUCUUCGGUGGCGACAAAGCCAAGGUGACAAUGUUUGGGGAAAGCGCUGGAGCCAUGUCGACAGGUUUGAUGCUUCUAAACUCGUCGAUCUCUAACUGGGCCCGAGCUGCGAUCUUCGAAUCUGGUGCUGCAUCCUCCACCGUCUUUUAUAAUGCAUCUACGCAAGAAUCUAGCUGGGAGUAUUUCGUUGCAGGGACACCAGGUUGCGAGUCUGUCGCCGGCACACAGAACACUUUCCCCUGUCUGCAGGCGGCGAAUUCAUCUGCUAUAUAUCAAGGACUUGUGGAGGCAUAUACAUUGUCCCUCCCAGGAAAAUCUGCCUUUUCUCCGACUCUGGACGGUCCUUCGGGUCUUAUUCCCGAUUUGCCUACACAUCUCUGGGCAAAGGGCGAGUUUGCCACGAUUCCUUUCAUUGCAGGCUCGAACCUAGAUGAAGGAACGCUCGGCCUAUCGACAAAUACUAGUUUCACUGAUGAGGUCAUUAGGGACUACAUACAAACCACCUAUUCAGCUUUCCCACCUUACAUCUCUGAUGAUAUCCUGGACCAGCUUCUCGAACUGUACCCUGACGACCCAUCCUUGGGCUUGCCGUAUGGUACCGGAAAUGAUACAUUUGGGUUGCCCAUAGGCUAUAAGAGAGUGGCAUCCAUGACUGGUGACUUGGUCAUUGAUGCUGAACGUCGAGCAUGGACACAGACUGCUACACAAGCAGGCGUGAAAGCGUACGGAUACCAAUUCGCGCAGAAUACUUCGUUGUUCGCUCCCCACUACGGAGUUCCUCAUACCACAGAAUUAUACUUUAUCUACGGAGAGCUGAACUCCUCCACCGAACCCGCUUCGUCGAUCUUGUUGGGUGAAAUGAUGGUCGACUAUUGGGUUUCAUUCGCUACGAGCUUGGAUCCCAAUGAUGGCUUAGGGACGUCUCGUCCCAACUGGCCACAGUAUACACCGGACAAUGAGGUGCUCUUACAAUUGAAGGACGAGAAUGUGACUGUCAUUACAGAUGGCUAUCGAGCGGAACAGAUCGAGUUCUAUAGGAAGAAUGCUGACGCUUUCCACCGGUAAAGCAAGUGUAACUACUAUGAUCGGACUUCCUCUUGCUUGUUCAGUAUCAGUUCAAUACAUACGACUUGCUGU